AUGGAAGAACAAUUAGAAUGUUCAGAAAUACAUCAUUUUUUAAAAGAAAGAUACUUUUCUACAAUUCUUCAACGCUGGCUGUCAUGUACUUGUUGUACAUCAUUAUAUCCUGAGAGUCAAUUAGGAAUUGCUUCCAGAGAACAUGAAUUAUAUCAUGAUGUAGUUCAAGGAAAAUUGUUAUGCAGAAAAUGUAUUGAAUUCAAAACAUCAAAUAAUAACUCAUAUUGUCCUUAUGCACGUUAUAAAAACAAAUUAGAAAUUGCUUUGGCUCCAGAGGAUUUAAACUUGGGUUUCAUAGAACAACGAGCAAUUGCAUUAACACAUAUUUACAUGAGUAUUAUUUUAAUUCGUGGUCGUCAAGCUGCAUCAAAAGGACAAAUAGUACAUUUUCAUGUUGAUAAAGAUGUAAUUGUUGAUGAAAUAUUGCCAUUUCCACGAUGUUAUGAGUUCAUGGCUGUUGUACAAGAGAAACCAAUUAGAAAUAAUGAGAUUCGUACAACUGUUAGUUAUUCAUUUAGUCCAGUGCAAGUUUUGAAAGCAUUAAAAUAUUUAAAAAAACAUAAUCAUUUAUAUUCAGAUAAAAAAUUAAUGACAAUGGAAGAAAUUGAAGAAUGCUUUAAAUGUCGUGACGAAGAUAUUAUACCAAUUAGAAUCAUUGAUAGUUAUGCUUACAAUAAUUGUACUACGAUUACACCAAUUAUUGAUUCAUUACAAACUUUAUGUGGACCUAAGUAA